UGCCAAUUCCCGACCCAUUCGCCCUCUCCAUCGUUUCUCCUCCCCAAAAUUGAGUGUCGCUGGGGAUACGUCUUUCCGAGGCACCCCUCUCUACGCUGGACGAUGAAAUUAUUCAAUGUGAUGCCUGGUGUGGCUAAGAAGUGCAAGGAUUGACUCUGUGUUCGAAUACCGGCAGUAGGUCUCGGUGCAUCUUCAACAUUGUGACUUUGCUUUCAAAGCCUCAUCAUUUUCUGAGAAGGAAUCAAUUCAUACCAGAAAUAAUGCCCUCAUUGGGUUGAAUCCAACAUUUGUCGACUUCUACUGCUGCUACGGCAACUACUACUAGCACCGUGGCAACUACUACUAGCACCGUGACUACUAUGGCUUGCUUAUCCAAGAGAAUGGACAUAUUCUGCUGCUGCCACUGCUAUUUCUUUUGCAGUCUAUACUGUAUUCAAUAAAUAUAGUGUCUGGUUUUAAAUGAUCCUUAAGCCUUGGAUAUGAAGAAAGAGGUGGUCCUGCAAACUUCAAGCCCCAGGAAAACGGCACUUAAAGUGACCCUGGUUUCUAUUAGAUGUGAGCAAGGUGCAAAGGAAGGUGGCAGUUUGGGAAUAUGGCUGGGUCGUCUUGCAAUGGUGGGCUUUGCAGCAGCUAUCACGGUUGAAAUUUCUACAGGGAGGGGGCUUUUAGAGAACUUCGGACUUUCAACGCCCGUACCGACAGUGGCCUUGGUGGUCACAGCUGUGGUGGUAGUUCUAACAGCAUUUUUUAUUUUUCAAUCUGCAUCUAGUGAUUGAUUGCUUUUAUUGAACAAUUUAUAUUAUCCGAAGUUUGUAAGUUAUUUGUAUUAAUUCUCACUUAAUGACAUUAUAGAUGUUCAAAUGAGGAUCCACAUAAAUGUUUUGUAUGAGUUCAAAUUGGACAUAAUGACAAUGCAUUUUCUAGAUGUUCAAA